AUGGGGAAGUAUUUUCCAGUGGUUGAAAUCUUCCUCCGGAUUAGCUGGGUGGUUGAAGGAACACCUAUGACCUAUGUGUUGACCUCUAGCGAUCAUCUGGACACCGGAGAUACCACCAGCAAAAGGAGUACUACUCUAAGUAGUUUCUCGUGGAUUUCUUUUCCAGAACUGCUGGACGAAACCUUCGCGAACCCUGGGUUCAAAACCUUCGCUCAGCUCAUCACCUCCGCCAAAACGCUCUUCUCGUCGCCUCGUGAGGCAAAGGCAAAGCGGUGGACGGCCAACACAAACCGCUCCCGGCGUUCAUCUGCGGUCAUCGGUUCAACCGCAGUCCGUUACUGGUCAUUGAACCACCGGAUCGUUCAAACCCUACCCUACCCUACCCUGGCUCGACUUUGUACUUUGUCAGCUACUCUCGUGGAUCGUGCUAUGGGCUGGUCGUUGUUCCUAAGGCCUCAGCCCCCUCAUACACUCUCCCCACCCCACCGCUUGCAUUCGCCGCAUAUCGAUCGUGCACCCUCCGCCAGUCGCACGCUCUCUCACGAACCGUCUGAUCGACAACCCAUAUGA